UCAGGCGGGAGUGGAUGUCGACAGCUGCAGAUAAAAACGCUCUGACAGAACAGAAGGGAAGUUACUGCCGCUGUGGAUGGACUCAAUGAAGGAGAGACAUUUUACAGAGAAGAUGUGGAGCCUUAAACUGAUAUCCAUCUACUUUUUACUGCAGCAACCAGUAUGCGUCCCAUCAUGCCUCGUGAGGGGUUCAGUGGCCUACUGCGCCUUCCAGAACCUCAGGCGGGUCCCUCCUUUAGCCCCCAACAUCACCCACUUGUACCUGGAGAUGAACCGCAUCGGUGAGAUCAACGCCACCUCCCUGUCCGGCCUGGAGGAGCUGCAGGAGCUGGAUCUCGGCUCGCAGGGCGUCCCUCUCCUGAUCAGAGACGGCGCCUUCAGCCGGCAGAGACGCCUGCGGAGGCUGGUGCUCAGCUUCAACCCCAGCAUCCGGCUGGAGCCGCUGGCCUUCGCUGGACUGUCUGCGCUGCACAAACUGGACCUGAGCAGCUGCGGGCUGAACGGGUCGGUUCUGUCUGACGCCUACCUGGAGCCCCUCAGAUCACUGGAGACUCUGGAUCUGUUUGGGAACCACAUCAAGAAGCUUCAGCCGGCUCUGCUCUUCACAAACAUGACCAACCUGACCGCCGUGAACCUGAAGAUGAACGCCGUCGGUCAGAUCUGUGAGUCGGACCUCGCUGCUUUCAGGGGGAAGCACUUCAGGUUCUUCAGCCUGAACUCGGUGCCGCUCACUCAGAUGUCGAGUCUCCACUUUGACUGGAGUAGAUGUGGGAAUCCUCUCAGAGGAAUGUCCUUCCAGGAUCUGGAUUUAUCUAACAGCAUGCUGGGCGCACAAAAACUAAAGCUGCUCUUCCGGGCCCUGGAGGGGACCAAGAUCUCCCACCUGAAGCUGUCAGGACACAUGGGCCGAGGAUUCUCGUUCGGGAACCUCCCCGAUCCGGACCACAGCACCUUUGAAGGUCUGCACAACAGUUCCGUCCUCUCGCUGAGUCUCUCCAAAAACAGGAUAUUUGCUCUGCAGCCGGGGGUUUUCCGAGCCCUCCGAGAGGUCAGAGUCAUUGACCUUUCCUACAACCGCAUCAACCAGAUCCAGCGGAACGCCUUCCAGGGCCUUCAGGCCAACCUGAAGGUGCUCAAUCUGUCCCACAACCUGCUCGGAGAGGUCUACCGCCACACUUUUGCUUCCCUGGCGGACCUGCAGGUCCUGGAUUUGUCUCACAAUCACAUCGGUGCUGUGGGGUACCACUCCUUCAGCGGCCUUCCCAACCUGAAGGUUCUGGAUCUCAAAGGAAACUCCCUACGGGAGCUGGGUUCUCCUGCCUCUUUGCCGCGUCUGGAUUAUCUAAUCCUGGAUGAUAAUAAACUGACUUCAGUGUAUGGACUCGCUCGCUUUGCAAGUAACGUCUCACAUCUGAGCGUCCAGAACAACAGGAUCGCCAACCUCGGAGAUGUCCCGGCCCUCGCCAACCAGCUGGAGCGCCUACGCUUACUUCUCUUCGGGGGGAACGCCGUCAAGUGGUGCACGCUGGGUCCACAAGCAGGCCAGAACUCUGUCAAACAUCUGGACCUCCACGACAGCUCCCUGCAGGUCAUUUGGGAUCAGGGGAAAUGCCAGAAUCUGUUUGACCACUUUGGGAACGUGGUGAGUCUGGAUCUGAGCUCCAAUCGACUGAGGGCUCUUCCUCGGAAGGCCUUCCAGGGCCUCACCUCUGUGGAGAAGGUCAACCUGUCCUCCAACGCCCUGACGUACCUGCACCCUGGAGAGCUUCCAGGAACCUUGAAGUCUCUGGAUCUCUCGGGUAACUUCCUAGCCUCUCCAGAUCCGGCGGUUUUCCGCUCCCUCAGCGUCGUGGGUCUCUCCAUGAACAGAUUCCUCUGCAGUCCAGAGCUGAGGAGCUUCCUGACCUGGUUGAACCAGACCAGCGUGACAUUCUUGGGUCCCGUUCAGGAGCUCAGAUGUGAAUUUCCCUCUGAACUCCGCGGGGUGUCGCUGCUGGAUUAUGCACUAUAAAGUAUUAAAAAAUAUUUUUUUAAAAAGGAGAAUAGAAUUAUAGUUUGCUUAUCUGUUUUUUUUAAGACGGUACAUUUCUUCAAACAAACUUAUAAUCAUUUUACAGUCAGUGUAAAGUAACUGCGUGGCACGAGGAAAGCAUUAAAAGCCGAUAAACUGUGGCCACACGAAAGUUAACAAACAAAUGUAAAAGUUAUUUAAAUUGUUCAGAGUCAGCUCAUUUCAAAGCUAGCAUUUUCUAAGUGUAAUUCUGCCAUACGGACAGCAGGGGGAGCUCCAGAGCCAUCAACUAGGUUUUGUCUGUUGCUUAGCAACUGCUGCAUGGUGGACUUUAACUAGUAAGACUUCAGGAAGUAAACACAGUUACCUUUAAGAUUUUUUUUUAAUCAAAAAAUCUGAAAAAUAGACUUAUAUAUAUAUAUAUAUAUAUAUAUAUAUAUAUAUAUAUAUAUAUAUAUAUAUAUAUAUAUAUAUAUAUAAAUACAUAUAUAAUUUAUAUUUAUAAUAUAUAGUAUAUAAAUGUAAAUAUAUAUAUAUUUUUUAUUGGAGUGGUAAAUUUAGUUGUAAUAUAGUCUAAAAAAGUAAAUUCUGCAUUAUUAUUUUUAAUAAAACUCAAAUAACUUGACAAACAGCUGCUUUGCUGUUAUGUUACAGCAGGGGGCGCUCUGUGCUCAUCCUUAAAGCUGCAGAGCAGGUCAUAAAAAUGAUUAAAGGACAGUUAGUGUAAAACUCUCCACUAAAUAAGAAGCUUGCAUAUGCUGCAGCAUCAAUGCUACUGUUAAAGCACGGCAGAGGGAGGUUCAUGUCCAGAUUUCUUCCUUUUAACAUCGUGAUGAAGACAAAGGAAAAAAAGCUCCUGCUUUCAUAGAACAGCAGCUCUACUUUCAUCAAAUAUUAAAUCCUGCAGGCUGAGCGGCGAUCCUCUGACUCAUCCUGAGUGAAGGAUCCUAAUGAAGCCUGAAUUAUGGGGCUUGGAUUUAUUAUUUAUGGCUAUCUAUUCGUUUUAUUUUGAAAGUAUCAUUUAUUUUGGUUUCUUUUCUUUAGUGCAGUGACAUCUAAUUUAAUCUCACAAUAAUCUUAAAUGUGUAUAAUUUAGUUUUAUAUUAUUACAUAUUUGAAAUAUGUUGUUUAUUUACAGUUUUUUUGUGGGUUGUUGUUUGUUCAUAUUUUUUAUCAUGUUCAUUCUUUACAAUUUAGUGAAACAACUAACCCAAAUACAUUAAACAGUUGAUUUUUUUAGAACAGUUACGCCAUUAUUUUAUUUAUUAAAGUCGGUGAGACAAUAAAGUUAAAUUUUUCUUUUAUUUAAAAUAUAAAAUUAUUUUCUUUGGUUUAAAUGACAUUAUCAUUGUAACUAUUUAAUUAUGUAUAAUUAUGAGAAAUAAAUCUGAGCAUGCAUUGAUGCAUUAUUCCCAAAAAGUUUUUAUGUAUUUUAAUUAUGUCAAUCCGUAGGAAAAUACUCAGAAGUACAACAUAUUCAAGUGGAUGUUUCUGCACCACUACUGGACAAUUGUGAACUUUAUGGAGGUCCUCUUUUUUUUCUUUAAUUUUCUACUGUUUGAUAUAAUUUGCUCUCUUUUUUGUAAUAAUCUGGUGCAGUUACAGUGGGGGUUAAGUGGUUGUUGUUGUUGUUUAUUGUUUAUUAUAUGUUAAAAUCAAUAAAAAUAAUAUUAAAACAAAAAAAAAA